CCCUAAUGUAGCAAUGCAUUAUAGUUACUUUUUAUUAUCAUUUCAUUUCCAAAUAAUAAGAUUAAAAUUUUCUAGCUUACCAAGUAGACACUCCAAGUCUCCAAUUGACCACUUUUCAAUUCAUUAUUAUACCGGCUAAUUAGCAUAAAUGGUAACAAACCUUUGCACUUAGUACAAAAUGGUCACAAACCUUUAAUUUGUAACAAUACGGUAACAAAACUUUGAAAUUGUAUAAAAUGGUCACCACUAUUUAAUUUAUGACCGUUUUGUUUUAAGUGCAAAGGUUUGUUACCGAAUCGUUACAAAUUAAAUGUUGUCAUGUUUUGAGGUCGGGUAGUUUGUUCGUUAAGUAUAUGCGACUAACCACUUGAACGACAUAUAAGAUGUUUGGUCAUGUGUUCAUCGACAUAUUUGCUUUGCCAAAUAAGAAUGCCCUCAGUUGACUUUUCAAUUUCGAUACCAAGAAAGUAAGAAAGUAGACAUAGUUUUUUCAACUAAAAAGCAGUCUGGAAACCGUUUGUGAGCCAUUGAAUUCUUUCAUUGUCAUCCUAAACAACAGAAUAUCAUUCACAUACAUUAACAAAACCACCAUACAACUAGAGUGAAUUGUAAUGGUGAUUGAGCGUUCAAACUUUUGAACUUAAUUUGUACAAAACGGUCACCAAAAGUCUAAUUUGCAACGACACGGUAACAAAAGUUUGAACUGGUAUGAAAUGGUCACAUGUGACCGUUUUGUUCCAAGUGAAAAAGUUUUGUUAUCAAAUGGUUACAAAUUAAAGGUUUGUGACUGUUUUGUACUAAGUGCAAAGGUUUGUGACCAUUUAUGCUAAUUACCCUUAUUAUAAUUAUACCAAAUCCUAGUCAGUAGUCACGUCUCACGAGAUACAUGUUGGACAAAAGAAUAAUUAGGAGGGUGUAAAUCGAAAAAAGCAAAGUAGAGGUACCAAACCGAGAUAUUAGGGGAGGAAUCAGGAAUAUGUCCUGGAAAUCUCAAAUCAGAAAUGUUCUUGUCCGUAAGACAAUUGUCUACUUGUCUAAAACGUCUGGUAGUUGGUUUUGAAACUUUGGACGAAGACGCCAGACAGCGGCAAUUUAGAGAGGGAAAACCCAACCCAAUCAAGAAAGUAACCCCACCAUCUCCCAGGAAGAGUUUUUGGAAUCCAAAACCCCGCUCCUCGACCGCUCUUCUCUACUUCUUCGCCACACCGCCACCUUCCAUUUUCUCCUUAUCGCCGUCGUCUACUCAAUUUUGAAUUUGAAUUCGAGCUUUACGCCUCCUUUCGUUCCCCGGUGAUUCUCUAGGGUUCGGGAAGAACCCCCUGCAUUUUCCUGAUUCGAGGUCAGUCAUGGCUUCCCGCUUUGAUUAAUCGAUUGAUUCAUCUGAACCCGCCGUUCUUUCAUUGUUUCUUGUUUUCUUAGCUGGGUUAUUGUUUUCCUGUUGAGAACUUGAGUUGUCAUGAUUUAUCGAGGUGGAUUGUGAUUUGUGACGACUGCUUUGAGAUUUGGUUUUUUGUUUUUGGACGAACUCGAAGCAGAGCUUCUUCAAUUUUCUUUUCUUUUACUGAUUUUGCUUCAUUGCAGUGUUGACUUUUGGGCGCUGUCGAUUGCUGUCUUUCAUGUGAUUUGGGUUUGGGAAGAUAAUGUUGUCGAGAGUGGAGCAUGGGAAAAAGACUAGGGAGGAAGCAGGGGAGGAGAAUCUGUUGAAUGAUUUGCAAACUAUAAGUAAAGCUCUGUACCUUGACAAGCAUAAACCAUCGAGGACGUUACUACCCACGGCAAGUAGCCUAGCAAAAGCAGCUGGGAAGCCGCCUGCGGUCGAUCCCAGAACGAAGCUCAAGCCUGGGGCUGGGGCUGCGGUGGCUAAUGAAGACUUGUCGCGCAAGGACAAGAAGUCCAUAUGGAACUGGAAGGCGUCGUUGAAGGCGCUUUCUGGGGUUAAGAACCGGAAGUUCAAUUGCUGUUUCUCCCUACAAGUCCAUUCGAUUGAAGGGUUUCCUUCGAGUUUUGAUGGGGUGAGCUUGUGUGUGAACUGGAAGAGGCGGGAUGGGGAGCUGGUGACGAGUCCUGUGAAGGUGUUUGAAGGUGUUGCGGAUUUUGAACAGAAGUUAACGCACACUUGUCUGGUUUACGGGAGUCGUAGUGGUCCACACCACUCGGCAAAGUAUGAGGCGAAGCAUUUCUUGCUGUUUGCAUCCGUGUUUGGUAUGCCCGAGGUUGAUUUGGGGAAGCACAGGGUUGAUCUUACGAGGUUACUUCCUCUCACGUUGGAGGAGUUGGAUGAAGAGAAAAGCUCUGGAAAGUGGACUACAAGUUAUAAGUUGUCAGGAGAGGCUAAGGGUGCAGUGAUGAAUGUGAGUUUUGGUUAUACAGUUGUUGGAGAGAGCUUGACUGGAAAUGGUCUGAACGCUCCUGAGUCAGCAAGUACGAAAAGGAAUAAUCUGGCAACAGCAAAAACAAUGCCCAAAAUGGGCCAAGCUGAAGGGAGGGUUGCCUUGCGUCGUCAUGAGAGUCUUACCACCACUUCUAACUCGCAGCUUGCUGCCAAAUCUCGGUCUCCAGCAAAGGUAAAAGAUCUUCGUGAAUUUAUAACUCACAAAAAACUUGAAGUUGAAGCAGCAGGAAACAUGAUGAAUGAGAGGUCUGAAGAGGAAAAGUUGGAUGCUUCCGCCAGAGAAAACAUACCUGAUAACCUGAAGUUUCCUUCUGUAUCCGAAUCUAGCGAACCAAAUGCUGAAAGUGAAAAUGACAAUAGUGAAGUUUCUCUCAAUGAAGACAGGAAGGAGUUGCCGAAUGAGAACAAGACAACUGAGGACCUUACGUUGAAGGAUGAUGGCUUCCCUACUGCAGAAACUGGAUCUGAUACCAAUCUUCAGGUAGUGCCUGAAGAGAGUAUUGAUCUUCAUGAUGAGGGCACAGGAAAGAAUGAUCAUAAUAAAGAUGAACCUUUGACCCGUGAUUCGGAAUCUGAUGACGAUCUAUGCUCAAAAGAGUCUGUUAUGAAAGAACUAGAAUCCAUGUUAAAUAGUGUUUCAAAAUUGGAAACUGAAGCACUUGACUCUUCUGAUGAAAAGGAGAACUAUAGAGAAUCCGAAACAGACUAUCAAGCAGACAGGAAUGAAAAUUCAGUUAACCCAGAUGAUGCAGAAGAUAUUGCGAAUGAGUUUUUAGACAUGUUGGGAAUUGAGCAAAGUCCAUUUGGGUUGAGCACUGAGAGUGAACCUGAGUCCCCAAGGGAGCUAUUGUUAAGGCAGUUUGAGAACGAUGCCUUGGCUGGUGGGUUUUCUUUGUUUGACUAUAAUGCAGAGGAUUGGGAUCAGAUGGAGAGUAGCUAUGAUGGAUUGAUGGAGCAAGGACAGUCUACAGCUGGGUUUGAUCUGUCAUCAUUUAUCGAUGAUGCAGAAGGAGAAAAUGACACGGGAACUCACCCUAUGGAUAGCAAGAUUAGGGCCAAGAUCUUAGAGGAUGUUGAGACAGAGGCUUUAAUGCAUGAAUGGGGCUUGAAUGACAAGACAUUUCAGUGUUCUCCACCUAAGAAUUGUGGUGGUGCCUUUGGGGCUCAAAUUGAUCCAUCUCCAGAAGACCCACUUGAAUUACCUGCUCUUGCUGAAGGUUUAGGCCCAUUUCUCCAAACAAAGAAUGGUGGAUUUGUACGUUCUAUGAAUCCUUCACUUUUCGAGAGUGCCAAAGCUGGCGGGAGCUUGAUCAUGCAGGUUUCUAGCCCUGUUGUGGUGCCUGCAGAGAUGGGCUCUGAUGUUGCGGACAUACUCCAGCAACUGGCUUCGGCUGGAAUUGAAAAGCUGUCUAUGCAGGCAAAUAAGUUAAUGCCUUUGGAGGAUAUCACUGGGAAAACAAUGCGGCAAGUUGCUUGGGAAGCUGCAGGUGCUUUAGAGGGACCUGAAAGGCAGAAUACAUUCCCGCAGAAGAAGUAUGAUACAGGGCGUGAGUGGUCUUCACAUGGGCAAGAGAACGUUGCGGGGAGGAAAAGUGCUCAACGUAGAGCCGCUAGUACUAAGUCCAAUUCUGGCUCAAAAGGAAAUGACUCCGGCUUAGAGUAUGUAUCUCUUGAAGACCUUGCACCUUUAGCUAUGGAUAAGAUUGAAGCACUCUCAAUGGAGGGAUUGAGAAUACAGUCUGGUGUUUCGGCCGAGGAGGCACCCUCGAACAUCUCUGCACACUCCAUAGGAGAGAUCUCAACUCUCCAGGGCAAGGCUGGUAUUAAUGCUUCUGGGUCCCUUGGUCUGGAGGGAGCUGCUGGUUUGCAAUUGAUGGAGGUAAAAGAAAAUGAUGAUGGUGAUGUUGACGGGUUAAUGGGUCUUUCCUUAACUCUUGACGAAUGGAUGCGCCUGGACUCCGGUGACAUUGGCGAUGAAGAAGAUCAAAUAAGCGAACGGACUUCCAAGAUACUCGCGGCACACCAUGCCAACUCAUUAAACACGCUGCGUGGUAGGUCCAAGGGAGACAACAGAAAGCGUGGCAAAAAGUGUGGUUUGCUUGGGAACAACUUUACUGUAGCGUUAAUGGUUCAACUUCGUGAUCCUCUAAGAGACUUUGAGCCUGUAGGGACGCCGAUGCUUGCUCUUAUUCAAGUAGAGCGGGUUUUCAUCCCACCAAAGCCGAAAAUUUACUGCAAGGUGGCCGAGCUAAGGAAUAAUAGCAAUGACGAGGAUGAGUCUGAGGAUGAGUCGAUUACAUCGAAUGCCGCAAAUAAGGAUAAAUCAGGUGGUGAAGUGGAAGGAAUACCCAAGUUCCAAAUCUCUGAAGUACACGUCGCGGGUCUGAAGACCGAGCCCGAGCCUGACAAGAAGAAGCCCUGGGGUACAGCUUCGCAGCAACAGGCCGGUUCUCGUUGGCUGCUCGCUAAUGGAAUGGGCAAGGGCGGUAAAAAUUCGUUUAUGAAGUCGAAAGCUGCAAGCUCGGGUGAUAGUCUGUGGAGCGUAUCGUCUAAGGGGGACAAAUUGAAACAACUGGGAGCAGCAAACCAGCAUAAGAGGAACCCGAAUCUAGUCUUGCCUAGUAAAAAACAAUCGAGCUGGUUCAAGUAAGUAGCAGUAGAUCCUCCUGGUGAUCUGCAGCCAUCGCAGGUGGUGCAUUGCACAGAGAGAAGCUGCAGAGUCCUUUCUACCAGGAAGUGUUUUUUGUUUUUUGGCUCAACAGAUCUCAUGUAGAAAAGGCUUGUGAUCAAAUGAUCAGAUCAGCUUUCGUUCCUAGGCUAGUAUGUAGGAAUGUGCACAGAUGGGUUUACUGGUUUUUGGGUGUCUUCCUCCUGUGAAUUCACAGAUUUUGUAGGCUAUGUUAUACAGAGUGCUAUUGCAUUUUUCCUUUUUCUGGGUACAAAUUAUUCCCUUGUUUUCUUCAUCCUUACGAACAUCCACCUGUUGCCUUUAAUUUUGCCACUUCACGCAUAAGAAUACAUUAAUCUUAAAAAAAGUUAGUGGUAGUAGAGUAUAGAUGUUGUAUCAGAAAAGGCAAUGAUAAGUAUUUUGUGUCGAAAUUGUAGGGUUCGUUUGGAAGUUGCGAUUGUUAAAUAGAUGUAUUGUUGAGAAUGCAUGUAUAAUAUUAUAAAUUUAGGGGUUGUUUGGAAGUUGCGAUUGUUAAAUAGAUGUAUUGUUGAGAAUGCAUGUAUAAUAUUGUACAUGUAUUGUCGAAUUUGAUGUAUUGUAGAAUACAACGUUUGGUAUGUGUGAUUGUGUAUGUUGCAUCAGCUAAAAGCUGAGACAAAACAAUCUCAACUCAACUAUCUCAACAAUCACAACUAAAAGUUGAGAUAUAACAAUCACUCAAAAUGAGUGAUAGUUUCUGUCAUAUCACAGAAACAAUUCAUGUAUUGUUUCUGCUAAAACAUUGAACGAACCCGUAGUCUAUCAAAUUUUUAUAGACGAAUUUUUUGAUCAAUACGGUGGAAAUAAAGGGAACCAAGUUGGGCCUAAGAUAACGGUAAGAUAUUUGCAACUAAUAUGGAAGGUUCCAGAGUGCUGAGGAUAUUCUAAGUGGAGUGGCGAAUCUACUCUUAGCAACAGCAAAUUAUAGGGUUUCGGGACUUGAGAUAAGUUGGGUCCACAUACUUCCUCCUCCGGCUUUGGUUCUGCUGCCACGAAUGAGAAUUUCGAUUUCUCUCCAUUACCAUUCGUCAUGCCUGAUUUAGUAUGAAUUUCUGUAAUUAAUGUGCAGCAAGAUAUGCGUUGAAACUUGAAAUCGUGAUAUUAAUGUGCUUGUGAUUAUGGUUUAACAAUUUGAAUUUUGAUAGACAAAUUUUCUUGAUCAUACACACGAUACGAUAAGAUUUUGCUAAUACUAACUAAAGUCUGAGGCCAGUGGCCACUAUUAAUUCUAUCAUGAGCUCUCCGACACUCUGAACCAACAAAUUCUAGUUAUGCUAAAAGUGUUAAAGUGACCUAAAAUACCAUUAAACUUUGCAGCUUUUGUUCAUCCAUUCAACUUUAAGUAAAAAAAAGUUUGUUAUGAAAAUCAAACCGGACCAACUUAUGGACUAGUAGAACAAUCAAAUCAGUUAUGAUAGUGAUUUGGUAUCUUUGUCUCGACGGUUAAGUACAAACCGAAUAAUCUUUAACCGUUGAACAUGAAAUCAUAUGAACCAACCUGUUUUGACUGGUCCACUACUUUAGUCAUACAAAAGUUUAAGAAAAAUUACCAAAGCUAAGAUCAUCCAAUCUUAACUACUAAUUUAUUUCUGCUCACUCUUAUUUUUUUUUUCUAGUCUCCUUGUCGACUUUAUGCUAACUGGCCCCUAAUUAAUAACUUGAUUUUUUUAUAAAAAAUUCAUAUUUGAAUUCUUUUGUGAACCAGUUUGAAUGUUUUGUUUGAACUUGAGAUGAAGAAAGACAUUGAUUUGAACUUUUUUUAAUGGCAAUUGGCAAGUGAUAAAUUAAGUUCUAAGUUAAUGUAUUAUACAUGUCUUAUAUGUUAUAGAUUAUAAACGUUUCUAUAAUAAUUAAUCACUGAACCACAAACCACUAGCUUUUCCGGUUCACCAUCUGAUCCAAUUAAAAAACCGUGGACUAAAAAUUAUUAAAAUGU